AUGAAAGAGUCAGAGCAACAGCCUCAAAUCGUUGAGGAAAAGAUCGAGUAUGAAAUCGACAAGAAGGAAGUCUUUUCUGAAUCGAGCGAACAAAUCGAGGUGCACGAGGAUAAACCUCUCGGUCAAUACGUUGUAGAAGAAUGGCAAUUUACAUGGCGUGCUUCCGUUGUAGGCUCGCUACUUGGUUGCUUGAUUGCCGCAUCCAACACCUAUUUGGGUCUCAAAAUCGGUUGGACAUUUGGUGCAUCCAUGUUCGGUGCCAUCUUUAGUUUUGCCAUCAUCAAACCAUUAUCACGUGUGCUGCCAUUGUGGGCUGGCGGUGGUUACUUUGGUGCCAAAGAAAACGUUACAGCACAAUCAGCUGCUACUACUGCUGGUGGUCUUUCAGCUGGUUUUGUUGCUGGUAUCCCUGCCAUGUAUAAGCUCGGCCUCAUGACUACACCUAAAGGUGAUGCCGCAGCACUUGUAUUGUUCACCAUCUCUGCCGCUUUCUAUGGCUUGUUCUUUGCUGUUCCCCUCCGCAAGCAUUUUGUUGUCAACCAAGAUUUGCCUUUCCCAACUCCACGUGCUACCGCCACAACCAUCAUUUCGCUCCAUGAUAGUAUUGGUGGUGAAAAGGAAGCUAUGAAAAAGGCAAAGUGGAUGGCCAUUUGGUUCGCCAUUGCUUUCUUUUGGACACUCAUUGCCCAUUGGGUACCUUUCUUUGAUACCAUUCACAUUUUGUUCUGGAUCGGCUAUAGCACGGGUUAUGAAAACAUGGUCAGUGCUGACUUGGAUUGGGGCUGGUACUACAUGUUCGAUUGGCCCUUCUUUGGUGCUGGUUUGAUGACCCCCGGCUCCACUGUGAUCAGCUUUUUCGUUUCAUCCAUUUUCAUUUGGGGUAUUAUUGGUCCCACUCUUACAACCAAAGGCGUAUGGACUGGCAUGAGUGGCUUUAGCAGCGAUGGCGAUAGCGCACAAAGCUUCUUCUUAUGGCCUGGUAUUGCUCUCAUGGUGUUGUCUUCCAUUUGUGAAUUGCUCGUGCGCUAUGAUACGCUAUGGCGUGGUAUCAAGGGUGGCUGUAUCGAAAUUUGGAAUGGUCUCCGUUAUUUGGCCCUCAACAUCAAGGUCAAGGUGUUCCGUAUAGGCACUGCUGAAGAAUUGAACUUUGUGCCAGCAGCUGACGAGCUUUAUUCUGCCGAUGAAUUGGUACCUACAUGGUGGUGGUCAUCCGGCGUUGUCGUUUCGAUUAUUUUCACAUGUGCCAUUAUGGGUGAAUACUUCCACAUGCCCGUGUAUCAAAGUAUCGUAGCCGUCAUUAUUGCAUUUAUCCUUACCUUUGUCGGUAUUCAAGCUGCUGGUGAAACGGAUAUCAACCCGACUGGUGCUGUUGGCAAAAUGACUCAGCUCAUUUUUGCUGGUAUGCCUGCUGACAACGUUCAGCAAGUUCAAAAGAACAACUUGAUGGCUGGUAACAUCUCUGCUUCAGCUGCUGCACAAGCUGUUGACAUGGUCGGUGAUCUUAAGACCGGCCAAAUUGUUGGCGCUUCUCCUCGUUCCCAAUUUUUGGCCCAGGCGGUCGCUUCCUUCCCUGCUAUUGGUAUUGCUGUUGGCAUGUUUAUUCUCUUUGCUGAAGCAUACCCUUGCGUCACAUCUCAAGAUCUUAAUGCCCCUUGCGAAUUUCAACUCGUAUCCGUCACUGCUUGGUUGCAGGUCACCAAGCUACUUACAGGUGAAGCUGCUCCUCUUAGCAAGGGUGCUAUUAUCACCACUGGUGUUGCUGCUGGUGUCGGUUGCAUCGCUCCCUUUAUUCGUUUCUUCCUUGUCCCACAAAAGUAUUGGCGUUACUUCCCCUCGUUUUCUGCUAUUGGCAUCUCCAUGAUUAAUCCCUCGCCUGAAGUGCCAUUCUCUAUGUUCAUUGGUUGGACCGCUGGUCAAAUUUGGAAGAAAAUUGAUCCAAAAGCAUACGAUGAUCUUAUGCACAGCACUGCUGGAGGACUUAUCGCAGGUCAAGGUAUCUCAGCUUUGCUAAAGGCAGUCUUCCAAUUGGCUGGUGUGGAAGGCAAUGUCAUUGCCGCAUCGUGUCCCUAUGGCGAUGUAAACAACUGUCCCUAA